UCCGUAGAUUGUUCGUGUGCUUUACAAGAAAUGGCGUCUUUUCAGGUUCAGGUGGCCUCCAUCUUGGAGGUUUUAGCGAAAACAGCAGUAGCAGAAAUUAAUAAGCUAGUCGAUGAUGGGUCUACUGUAUUGCGAUUGGAGAUGUGCAGAAGCCAAAGAGAGAACGAAUCGCUAAAAACGAAGUUACUGCUGAUGGAGGGAGAGCUCAGGGCUGUGCGAGGAUACGGAGAGGGAACGCCAGGCACUUCAGGGGCAGCUGCUGCUAAUGGUGGUGAAGGACCCCUCUGUAAGGAGGAGGAGCUGCACAUGCAGCCCUGCCCUGCAGGAGACCCAAAAAAGGAGCUGCAAGCAGAACUCAAACAGGAGCCAGAGGAGCAGCCUCUCACCCCCACACUCCCCCUGCUGGAGUCCGCAGACUGGGGGAUGGAGCUCCAGGGUGUGUGGAGCGUGGCCAACGGCUUGAGAGUUGAUCAGGAACAAAUUGGAAGCUCGGAGCAUGGAGACGCCCGGUUAGACGAUGACUUCUCUCCUCCACAUUACACAGAUUCUCAGAGGCCACACUCGGAGAAGGACGAAGGGUCAGCAUCACACCUUGAGCAGAAACAAAAUGGCUGCCCUCUAGAGGAGACGAGCAUUGGUAGACCAACUGAUGACAUUUCGGCAGAGAUGCCGUUCCCUCUGGGUUCUCCAGGAGAGUGUGAUGGAAGCGCCCCGUGUGAGGUGAGUUCUGACAUGUCAGCAGAAGCAAAGAGUCCCUGCAGAACUGAGGGACAGGAGGAGGAGUUCAUCUGCACACGCUGUGGGAAGACGUUCCCGGACGCUCUUGAACUGAAGACGCACGAGGAGCAGCACAGCGCGGGGAAACGGUUCAGCUGUUCAGAGUGCGGCAAGGGUUUCACUUCCUCCAGCAUCCUGGAGAAGCACAAGCAGGUUCACAGCAGGGAGAAACCAUUCACCUGCUCUGUGUGCGACAAGAGCUUCUCCCAGUCACACAUCCUCAAAGCUCACAAACACACUCACACAGGGCAGAAACAGUGCGCUUCUGUGGAGUGUGGAAAACACUUCAAAAGAAAAACCUUGUUUAAAGCCCACCAGCGUGUUCACACCAAAGAGAAACCGUUCACUUGCGAGCAGUGUGGAAUGUGUUUCUCCCAGAAGUAUCAUCUUAAGACUCAUCAGAGAGUCCACACAGGGGAGAAACCACACCGCUGCAACCAGUGUGGGAAGAGCUUUGCCCGUCGUUCUCAUCUUAAAAUCCACCAAACGGUCCACACAGGAGAGAAACCCUUCACUUGUGAGCAGUGUGGAAAGUGCUUCUCCCUGAAGAGCAGUCUUAAAAGUCACCAGAGUGUCCACACAGGAGAGAAACCCCACUGCUGCACUGUGUGCAAUAAGAGUUUUUUCUAUCUCAGUGUUCUUAAGCAACACCAGAGAAUCCACACAGGAGAGAGACCCCACUGCUGCAAUGAGUGUGGGAAGAGCUUUGCCACAUUAGGUAGCCUUAAAUAUCAUCAAAGCGUCCCCACCAAAGAAAAACCAUUUGUUUGUGAGCAGUGUGGAAAGUGCUUCUCCCUGAAGUGCCAUCUUAAAACUCACCAGGUGACUCACACAGGAGAGAAACCCUUCACUUGCGAGCAGUGUGGGAAGAGCUUUGCCCGUCGUUCUCAUCUUAAAAGCCACCAAACGGUCCACACAGGAGAGAAACCCUUCACUUGUGAGCAGUGUGGAAAGUGCUUCUCCCUGAAGAGCAGUCUUAAAAGUCACCACAGUGUCCACACAGGAGAGAAACCCCACUGCUGCACUGUUUGCAAUAAGAGUUUUUUCUAUCUCAGUGUUCUUAAGCGACAUCAGAAAAUCCACACAGGAGAGAGACCCCACUGCUGCAACGAGUGUGGGAAGAGCUUUGCCACAUUAGGUAGCCUUAAAUAUCAUCAAAGCGUCCACACCAAAGAAAAACCAUUUGCUUGUGAGCAGUGUGGAAAGUGCUUCUCCCUGAAGGUCCGUCUUAAAACUCACCAGAUGACUCACACAGGAGAGAAACCCUUCACUUGCGAGCAGUGUGGGAAGAGCUUUGCCCGUCGUUAUCAUCUUAAAAUUCACCAGGGUGUCCACACUGGAGAGAAACCCCACUGCUGCACUGUGUGCAAUAAGAGUUUUUUCUAUCCUAGUCUUCUUAAGCGACAUCAGGAAAUCCACACAGCAGAGAGACCCCACUGCUGCAACGAGUGUGGGAAGAGCUUUACCACAUUAGGUAGCCUUAAAUAUCAUCAAAGCGUCCACAUCAAAGAAAAACCAUUUGUUUGUGAGCAGUGUGGAAAGUGCUUCUCCCUGAAGCGCCAUCUUAAAACUCACCAGGUGACUCACACAGGAGAGAAACCCUUCACUUGCGAGCAGUGUGGGAAGUGCUUUGCCCGUCGUCAUCAACUUAAAAUUCACCAGAGUGUCCACACAGGAGAGAAACCCCACUGCUGCAAUGAGUGUGGAAAGACCUUUGCCCGCCUAUCAAAUCUUAAAUCUCACCAAAAGGUCCACAGCGGGGGGAACACCGUUCAGUUGCACACGGUGCAGCAGGAGUUUCUCCCAGAAUCACACUCUUCAGAGACUCGUACUUUCUCACAAUCAGGACUCCAGAUUAACAACGUCCCAAUGUCCCAGGGUGAUAAAUAAUGUGUUCGGCAUGAACUGAUAUCAUUCCCAGGACACCUUUUUGACAAAAAGUUAAUGCCGGUUGAUUUUAUUUGCCCAUAUGUGUGUUGCUAUUUAUUGUUUAGCGCCAUUGGUGCACCUAGGUACACAUCCAUCCAUCCAUUAUCUUAACCCACUUAUCCUGAACAGGGUAGCAGGGGGGCUGGAGCCUAUCCCAGCAUACAUUGGGUGAAAGGCAGGAAUACACCCUGGACAGGUCGCCAGUCCAUCGCAGGGCACUCACACACUCACACUCACACUCACACCUAUGGGCAAUUUAGACUCUCCAAUCAGCCUAACCUGCAUGUCUUUGGACUGUGGGAGGAAACCCACACAGACACGGGGAGAACAUCCAAACUCCACCGGCCAACGGGGAUUUGAACCCAGGACCUCCUUGCUGUGAGGCGGCAGUGCUACCCAUAGUUAUUUACGACAGUAAGACUUUGUUUUUAGGCUGUCGGUGUGGAUGCAAAAUUUGGAAACACCUCUGGAAAUUACCAACGAGAACAACUAUGACGAGAAUAAAUACAUGUAUACCUAUAUAUACAACAUUAAGUAGAAUAAACGUAUGAAUUAUAAUUUAUGGUAACUGAAAAUACAGUUAGAGUAAGUGGCAGUGGAGCUCAGACUUACAUGCAUGAAGAGAAGGAUAACUUUGUAAGCCAGUCAUAAGUAACAUUUGGUCUCAUGCGCUGGUCAGCUUGCUGACUUUCCCCUCCUGGAGCAUACACUGUUAGCCCCCACCAUUGGCACACAUGCCUGUGGGGGAGAGCUAGAGAAGGAUUCUUAGAGGCGCCUUCUUGGGCCCCCUUUUCUCACAUUCCAGAACAGGAAUAUUGGAGAUGGUAUAAAGAUGUUUCAUGAUAAUCCCAGGUCAGAAUAUAGUGAUGUUUGGUGUUAUUCUGAUUGGUUCAGUGUGACUGGUGUAAUGGUCUAGUUUUUGUAACAGUCUGCCGUUGAUAUCAUAACCAUUCAGGAGCCGAGGGGAAACUGGGCAAAAGCUGUCUCUGUAGAAGCUAUGUGUUUUAGCCCCCUGUCUGGUGGGCCUGGCUGUAAAUUAUAGAUGGGUGAAUCACUUUUAGGGUCAAGAACGAAGGCCUGGAUUUCGGAGAUAAGGAGAAGAAACCAAACAGUCUGGGAUGUCUCCUUUCCUUUCAUUCACCCAAAUCAGGUUUAUCCCAAAGGUAUAUUACCAUGAGAGGCACAAAGACAUAUUUACAGCAUAAUGCAGUUAUCAUGAAAACUCCCAACUACAGCAUUCAUAGAUAUGAUGGGGCGGCCUGUAGCAUAGUGGUUAAGGUCAGGAAGGGCUGCCAUUUGUGAGGGGCCUGAGAGCUGGGGUUUCAAUGUUGUUUAGACUACCUGUUGGGGAGUUAAGAUGUAUGAGUGGUCCAAGGCCAGUUGGGUCAUGGGAAAAGAAUCCUCCCGAACAUUGGUGACCUCCCUGUGACCCCAUACCUGGUCACUUCCAAGGGGGAAGACUCCGGACAAUGCCACAGUGCCCUCAUUUGGGCACUGCUGUCAUUACACCGGUGACUGCUCUCUUAGAUUAAAUAUUCAAAACUGCUAUUAAGAUAGUAAAUAGACCCGGUAACACCUUGAAAACAUUGCCCAUGUGAUCCUUGUAUUAUUGCAUUAAGUCUUAUGUAAUGGUAACAGGAAUUGCAUGUAAAAUGGAUAAUCAGGAGGGAAGUUUCAUGAUAACUGCAACAUAAUAAAACAUAAGGGUAAUCUGUUUGGUAUGGAUGUGAUCUGAUAAAAUCAAGGAAUCGGAUGAGAUACAUUUCAUACCAAGUGGAAUUUAAUAAACUAUAGUUUCAGUAUCCCAAGGGAAAACCUACACGUCCUCUCCUGGUAAUCAUCUAAUUUUCCCUACUCAACAACCCCCAACGGUGGGGGUCUAAAUUCCAGAUUUGACCACCCCUCCGGGUUGAUUUAUGGCACUGCCGCCUGGUUCCAAACGUAUGAUUUGGCAUAAAAGCAGGGGAGACAGACCAAUCUGGGAAGAUCGUAUUCGACUUCCCACACAACAUGUCUUGUGUAUGUAUGUAUGUAUGUAUGUAUGUGUAGCAGUGGAAGAUCGUAUUCGACUUCCCACACAGCAUAUUG